AUAAAAUUACUCUGAAAAAAAAAAAAAAAAAAAGUAAAAAUGACACCGUUAAGCCUGCUAACAAUAACACAGUUUGUUUCCUUCAUUCCUGCUGGAUCCAAAUCUGGCGGAUCCUCUCCCGAUUGAGAGUUUUCGCCGCAAACUGACGCCUGCUUCGCAUUCCGACCGCCGUUCCUCCUCCGCCGCUGCCGCCAUCGUUUACUUUACCAGAAGGGAAGGCACAGGGAUCAUUCAAGCAUAUUCAUUGACAACGUGGUAGCACUCAUUUGCAAAUGGCAUCGGGUUCCCAAGUAGAAGUUAUUGGCAAUGGGAUUAGUACUAAUUCAUCUUUAUCUGUCAAAUUUGGGACGCCUGAGGCAUUGGAGGAGGCUCGGAAGAUGACGGAUGUGGGAGCUGUGACUCGACGACUCCAUGAAGUCAAUGCCUACCUGCGAGGUGUGGAUCUGGAAUUGGAUUCUAUCUUGUCUCAGCGUGUCGAUCUGGACCGCCAGCUUUCCUCCCUCCAAAAGGCUUCAGAUGUGCUUCUCAUUGUCAAAGCGGAUGCUGAUCACUUGUUAUCCAAUGUCAGCUCCACCUGUCAACUUGCUGACAGUAUCAGCGGGAAGGUCCGGGAACGUGAUCAAGCCCAAUCCCGUGUCUCUGACACCCUCCUCCACAUUGAUGCUGACGUCCAUCGCUCCCAAUGUCUUGAAGGCGUCCAGAAAGCCCUUCGGUCUGAGGAUUUUGAGUCUGCCGCUAACUAUGUUCAGACGUUCCUCCAAAUUGAUGCGAAGUUCAGAAACUCUGCAGCCACCAAAGAGCGGGAACAACUGCUUGCCUUCAAGAAACAGCUCCAGGGGAUUGUUACAAAUCGUGUGACUUCAGCUGUGGAGCAGCUAGACCACCCAACCAUCCUCCGAUUUGUGAAGCUGUACCCACCUCUGGGACUCGAGGAAGAUGGACUCCAGGUGUAUGUCAAAUAUCUAAAGAAGGUGAUUUCCAUGAGAUCCCGGAUGCAGGAGAUGGAUCAGGACCCAGAUCAGCUUCAACAAAUCCAUUCUCAGGUCAAUUUUGUUGCGCGCUUGACGAGUCUGUUCAAGGACGUUGUAUUGGCCGUUGAAGAGAAUCAUGAAAUUCUAACCAGCUUUUGUGGAGAAGACAGCAUUGUUUAUGCUAUCUGCGAACUUCAAGAAGAAUGUGAUAAGCGGGCUUCCUCCAUCAUAAACAAGUACAUGGAGUACAGGAAGUUAGCCCAGUUAACUUCUGAGAUAAACUCUUACAAAGCAAAGUUGCUUUCAGUUUCUGUGGGUGCCCAAGGCCCGGACCCGAGGGAGAUUGAAGUUUAUCUGGAAGAGAUUUUGUCCCUAACCCAGCUGGGAGAGGAUUACACCGAUUACAUGGUUUCAAAGAUUCGGGCUUUAAGCUCUGUGGAUCCAGAACUGGUACCCCAGGCCACCAAGGCCUUCAGGGGUGGAAAUUUGAGCAGGCUGCUUCAGGACAUCAUGGGUUAUUAUGUGAUCUUGGAAGGGUAUUUCAUGGUUGAAAAUGUUAGAAAAGCCAUCCAGAUUGACGAGCAUGUGCCCGAUAGUCUCACCACAUCAAUGGUGGAUGAUGUGUUUUAUGUUCUGCAGAGUUGUUGUAGGAGGUCCAUUUCCACUUCCAACAUUAACUCUGUGGUUGCUGUUUUGAGUAAUGCGGUGAGCUUGCUGGGAAGUGAGUACAACGAUGCAUUACAGCAGAAGAUGCGGGAAUCUAAUAUUGGUGCCAGGCUGUUCUUGGGUGGUUCUGCUGUUCAAAAGACUGGUGUGGAGAUCACUACUGCAUUAAACGACAUGGAUGUCAGUAGUGAAUACGCGGUUAAACUCCGGCAUGAGAUUGAAGAGCAAUGUGCAGAGGUAUUUCCUACACCUGCUGAUCGGGAGAGAAUUAAAUCCUGUUUAUCUGAAUUGAAUGAAAUGAGCAGCAACUUUAACAAGGCGCUGAGCGUGUGGAUGGAGCAACUUUUAGCAGCAGUUGCCCCAAGGAUUCGGCCUGUGUUGGAUAACGUGGCGACCAUCAGCUACGAGUUAUCGGAGGCUGAAUACGCAGACAACGAGGUGAAUGAUCCGUGGGUUCAAAGGCUGCUGCAUGCUGUUGAGGCCAAUGUCGCAUGGCUUCAAUCUCUAAUGACUGCCAACAACUAUGACAUGUUUGUUCAUAUGGUUAUAGAUUUUAUUGUGAAAAGGCUUGAAGUUAUCAUGAUGCAGAAGAGAUUCAGUCAGCUGGGAGGACUCCAACUUGACCGUGAUGCUAGGGCAUUGGUCACCCAUUUCUCGAGCAUGACACAGAGGACGGUUAGGGACAAAUUUGCGCGACUCACACAGAUGGCGACCAUCUUGAACCUGGAAAAGGUGUCUGAGAUCCUAGAUUUCUGGGGUGAAAACUCGGGGCCUAUGACCUGGAGGUUAACUCCAGCUGAGGUGCGACGGGUUUUGGGUUUGAGGGUUGACUUCAAACCUGAAGCCAUUGCUGCUCUGAAAUUGUAAUGGGGUGAGUAUAUAUAGCUUUUUGGUUGGUAAUAAUUACAGGAGUAAGAUUUAUGUUUAUUUUACCAGCUGAUUUGUUUCGAGUUAGUAUAUACUUGAGUACUGGAGAGGUUGGUAUUUUUAUGGGUUACCAGGCUUUCUAAACCGGGUUUAAACCGCAUGAAGUGUAGCAGUUACAAAAUGCAUUUAUUUAUUCAUGAACGUCAUAAACAAAACCAUAACGUACUAAAAAUACUUUUCUUUUAAUUUUACAAAGAUUUCAUAGUGAUCAUCAUAACACACAAACCUACAUAUGUUAUUCCUUUGACAAUUAUUUCACAAUACUAGAAGAUUGGUAGAAGUAUGAGAACUCCCUAAUCUCUCUCAUAUUCAUGAUCUUUUCCAGAGUUUAUUAAGUCUCGCCCUAAGUGUGUCAGAAGAAACAGGAGCCACACCACGUUGUGGAAUACUCUUAUUAGGUUUAUGAGUAUUCUUAUCAUUUGUACGUGCCGGUGGCGCCGGACGUGCUGGAGGUUUGGGGGCGUUCUUCUUUUCGACCAGCAAUCUAUCAAUGAUUUUCUUGAUUUCUUCUGGAGUUAAGGAUUUUCCAUGACGGCGAUCAACCUGAACGUUGUUGCGGAAGAAGAGAAGGGUGCAUGGUUCUGAAAGCCGGUACCGUGCCUUCAACUCCGGCACGUCCUUCAUUUCAACUUUGAAUAUUCUCACGUCGUCCCUGGAGUGAUGGCUUGCCUCGGCUUUUAGCCAUUGAUCAACCUGCACACAAUCCAAACAAAUCAAGAAAUUUUAGAAAUUACUUGGUAACAAAAUGAACUACUGUCUAUGAUUAUUAAGCUAAAACGGAGAAAGUAAUAAAAUAAUGAGUGUAUUCAUUGAAGAUCAGUAGGUUUAUUUUCAAAGCCUGGAUAGUAAUUACUUACGAGUGUUCAAUUUAAAGGGCGUGUGCUUAAUACAAGAAAUGGUGUUACAAACAGCCUUGUUAGUAUAAUUAUAUAGGAGUACAAAUAAAACACUUUACAAACAAAAUUAUUAGGCAAUAAUAAAUUAUAAAAAUACAGUUAAAGAACUAAGAGGUUAUAUAUACAAGGAAACUUCUUGUUACCUUUUCAGGCUGAGGCAACUCUUUAUCUUCGGUUUCUUGGCCAAAUCGGAUUAUUACAAUAUGAUCCUUUCUAGUAUUGAUUGCUUCAUCAACCUUAUAGGCUCUCUCAAGGGAAACUAUUUUUGGAAUAUUAUCGCUCAUAUCUUUUUUUUUUUAUAUAUAUAUAUUUUGAACCAACCAAAGCAAGCCACCCACUUUGGUGAUGAAAUUAUGUGUAGUUUAUUUAUAGAUAGAGAGUGAGAGAGAUGGAGAAAAAUAUAUGCUUAGUGACAUGCAUCAAAUAAUGAACGCAUAUAUAGUGACAACCAAAGUCGAUGUGUUAGAAGUAAGUGACAACCAACGUGUGGAAUAUGUUCUCAUUAAUCCAUAUACUGUCACGAGCUAGCUAAUAUUAUUC